CAAAGAUACUACUCAGUAGUAGUUACUCGAUCAAAUGAUGUCGUCCAGCCAAUGAUUUCUCAUGCCUACAAAAUCCCAAGCAAUCAAUCACCAUGCACCCUCUUGAAUUCACAAGGAGCAAGUUCCUUUGGUCAUACCUGGGCUUGCUGCUAUCUAGCUAGCCUGAGCUUGACUUUGGUGGUUGUGAGUGAAAUGCAAAUAAAUAUGUGGCAGGCUGUACAGUCGUACGAUGUAGUAAGGGUGGCAUGGAAUUUGACGGAAAUUUCGAUCCAGAAACAGGAAGCCCGAAGAAUUCAUUCGAGACCAUAUUAUCAAGUACCGGUGCGAUUUGAUAGAUUUAAUCCCCUUCAAAGAUUCGCAUUGGGGGAUGUGCACGAUUGGAUCCAUGGAACAUUGUGGAUCCAUUUGGUUCUAUCCUGUUCCCACGCUCCGUUUGCACGCACCACACAGCGACCUUUCAUCGACUAAACUUCCCUCCUGCAUCUCCCAUCACGACAUCACGACCCAAGCAAGCUAAGCAAGAGGUCAAACCAACCAAACGAGAGGCAUACCAGCAAGCUCAAGCAGUAUUGGUGCCAGAAAGAGAGGCGCUUCGUGCAGAACAACAAGAAACAUUCGGUUAGCACCAGCGAAUUCAAGGGUAGCAGAGUUUCCAUCAACCCGACCAUUCCAAAAUGAACGAUCCCAUCAUUGUGUUACCACUACACCACCACCAUGACAACAAUCACCAAGCAGAGUCUGACAUUAGCCAUGACGAGGAGCUGCCAGCUUUCCGAGAGGCUUCCCACAGCCCACCAAGUCCUGCAACCAUGGACAUGGUGGGUAUGCCGCCUUUAAACGGAGCAAUGGCGGCCAAGAUGACAACAAUGGGCAGCCAGAAUAAUGGCAACAUGAAGAUGAUGAUGAUGAAACGAAAUAUGGGUCCUUUGAAUCGUGAUGAUUCACUGGCGUCUACCGUCGCCAUGUCGGAAAUGAGGUCGUCGUCCUCAACCAGUUCCCAAGAUGUGAUUGUCCGCGUCCUGGAAGACCCCUCGGAUGGGGAUUGGCUUUGUCAGCUACAGCAUCGACUGUACUCGAGGGAAGAAGAAGAAGCCAUCCUGUUGAGAGCCUAUCAGCACAACGCUCGAUCUUCCUCUUCCUUUCGAAGUGCCAGCAGCAAUGGGGAGCUGUGUCUUAUUAGUGGGGCGCAGGGCUUGGGAAAAACUAGGUUGGCAAGAACGCUGGAAGCACCGGUAAAGGAAGAUGGUGGCUUUUUCCUCAGUGCCAAGUUUGAUCAGGUCAAGGAAGCUAAGCCUAUUCGUAUCUUUGCAGAGGCCUUUACAGAAUUCACUCAUGCCGUACUAUCCAGAGGACCAGAGAUGGUCCAAUCCAUGAGACAGGAGAUUCGAGAAGCCCUGGGGGAUGAACUGGGUGUCUUGUUGUGUGGUAUUCCCAAAUUGGAACAGAUUGUGGGGACACCGGAUGAACCCCGCAACGGACAGUUCACCUGCCAAAUGGCAAAGCGAUUUGUCUUUGCCCUGCAUGAUCUGAUUCACGUCAUUUGCAAAAGUGGGCCAGUUGUGUUUCUAUUCGACGAUAUGCAAUGGAUGGACAAAUGCUCGGGCAAGAUACUCAAGUGGUUCUUGACCGGUUUACAUAACAAACGCCUCUUCAUUGUGGCAACUUGCGAUGACAGUGUCGGACCCUGCAGCCCAGUCUCGAACCUGCUCAGGGAAUUGGAAGACGAGAAUCAUCAACAGAUAUUCCAGAUUGAAGUUUCGCAAAAGCCAUGCAGUGCCAUUUGGAAUAUUUUGACGACAGCCUUACCAAUGCCAAAGGACAAGCAUGAUGUCCUGGCUCAACUGGUUUGUGCACAGACCCAGGGAAAUCCUCUAUAUAUAUUGGAGUUCUUGAGAUGGCUGUCGGACAAUGGCUUGCUGAUGUAUGACGCGGCUCAGGGAACAUGCACUUUACUUGACGAAGAUGUUCGGCUGGCCAUCAAUUCGUGUCGUUUGGGGGACUUCUUGGUGGAUGUGUUGGAGCAGCUUCCCACAGACGUGCAGCACGUGUUGCGAGUGGCGGCUUGUUUUGGGAACGAUGUGAAGGAAGAUUUUUUGAAAGUCGUCCUACCUCAAGAUCCCAUUACUGAUCACCUUCAUGAUGCCACAUCCCGAGGUAUUCUUGUCUUUGACCAAGACACAGGUUACUCCUUUCGACACGACGGUCUGCAACAGGCUGCUCUCGCGUUGAUCCCUCCGCAAGAGAAGGAAGCGAUGCAUUAUUUCCUCGGUCGGAAGCUAUUGAAAGGGCUUUCCGAAGCAGAACGAGAAAAACACAUGUUUUUGAUACUUGGGCAAUUGCAACUGGCAAAGAAUUUCAUUCAAGACCGCCAAGACAAAGAAUCGGUUGCCAUGCUGUGUUUGUCAGCAGGCCGAGCAUCGGCUCGGGCCUCUGCGUUUGGUGCCGCUGCCGGGUACUUUGAGUUUGGUAUUGAAUUGACGGAUGCUUUCUUGUGGAGAGGAGACUACAGCCUCAAGCUUGCACUCUACAAUGCUGCAGCUGAAAUGGAGCUCACAAUUGCCAACUUUGAGAGGGUGCAUGAACUCAUCGAGAUUGUCUUUGCAAACGUACCAAACUGCAAGGAUAGGCUUCAAAGCUUCAACACACUCAUCUAUGCGUACGGCGUUCAAGAUCAGCAACACCUUGCUGUUGAAACGGGAAUCAAAGUGCUAUCUGAAUUGGACGAAACCUUUCCGGUUAAGAACUGCAUGACAAUGCUGCGAUCAGAAAUGAGAAAGGUCAGGGGACUCCUUCGUGGCAAAUCGAAUGCGCAAAUCAUGCGAAUGGAGAUGGUGAAGGAUGAAGGGAAACUCGCAGCCCUUCAAAUCCUCAAUAUCAUGUUCAUGAACGCUGCAAUUUCCCGACCGAAGUUUGCUCCAUUCAUCCAGCUCAAAGCCAUCCAGAUCACAAUGAUGUAUGGCCUUUCAAAUCUGUCGUCCUUUGCAUUUGCGUCCUAUGGUAUGCUUUGUACAGCAAUAGGCAGAUUUGAUGAAGCCAACCGUUAUGGACAGUUGGCACUGGAUCUGCUGCAAAAAUUUCAAGCAAAAGAGUACGCACCCAGAGUGUUCGCGGCCGUGUACGGCUGCAUCAUCCCGUGGCAACGUCCCAUCCGAGAAACAAUCGAGCCACUGAAACGAGCUGCUGAGAUUGGGUCUUCCACCGGAGACAUGGAAUUUGCAGUGUUGAAUUUUGCGAUCUACGCAGGAACAACAUUCUACACAGAUAGCAAGUUGCCUGUCGUUUCGAACCGGAUCGGAGAUGUCAUCACCAUGAUGACAGCCCGUGGACAAGAUUCUAUGAUCACAAUGAUCAAGCCCUUCCACCAGUUGACGCUCCACUUGAUGGGAAUGGCCGACGACCCCACCAAAAUCGAACUAGACGAGUCUUUCAAACACGCAGAGGAAACCAAGAACGUGACAUCUUUAGUGUGCUUACGGCUGCAACAAAUGAUGAUUUCUUAUCUGUUUGGGGACUACGGCGUUGCUGGGAAGAUGGUUGCAGAAAUCGAAAAGUUGACGUUCCCACCACCGGGAAUCGACGCGAUCUUUUGCAAGUUUUUUGUUGGCAUGACGCAUCUUCAGAAUGCCCGGAGAUUGAAGGGCAUGCAACGGUUCAGGUGCCUGAACAAGGCCAAGAAGGCCAUCAAGGCGCUCAAAAACUGGAGCAGGCACUCACCACAUAAUUGUCUUCCGAUGAAGUUCUUGCUGGAAGCAGAGCUGGCUUCGUAUCAGGGCAAAAACAAGAAAAGCUACGAAAAGUACACGGCAUCGACAGCCCUCGCCGUGGAUGCUAGUUUCAAGAUGAUUGAGGCGAUGAGCCACGAACAUGCAGGUCGCCACCUCUACGGCAUUGGAGACGAAUCACUGGCAGCGGCUUCAUUCAAGAAGGCUCUGUCCGCCUACAAGGACUGGGGUGCCGUGGCUAAACUGAAGAGAUUGCAAGAAGAGGUUCAGCCAAUGUUCGCGGGCAGCAGCGUGCAGUUCGAGCACGUUUCUCUUCGUUAGUGUUACUAGUAACUUGCGUGUUUGCUAAAAUAAAUGUAACUUCUACUGAUAAUGCCAUCGAAUAUCUAGGAUUUGCGUUUUUCUC